AUGUUUUACCUUCAACUUUUACCACCCUUACAAAAUUUCAUACAACGUCUAGUAACAAGAUCAAGCGUUUCAACUGCUACCUUUUUAACCACUAUAAUUUAUCUGGAUCGUUUAAAAAAGAAAUUGCCUAAACUCGCUAGAGGCAUGCAUUGCACUCGUCAUCGAGUAUUUUUAGCUAUUUUAAUAGUUGCAUCAAAAUAUUUAAAUGAUUCAUCUCCAAGAAAUAAAUAUUGGGCAAGGUUCUCAAGUGUCUAUUCCGUCAAUAAAGUUAAUUUAAUGGAGAGACAAUUGCUUACUUUGUUAGACUAUGAUCUUAGAGUAACAGAGGCUGAGUUAUUAUUACACUUGAGUCCAUUCUUGAAAUCGCCUUCUCUCUCAACAUCAUAUAAUAAUAACAGUACCGGUAAUACGCUGAUAAAUACACUAAAAUUACCUUAUCCAAUUAAUGGUAAUCUUAACAAUAACAAUAAUUUGGAUAAUCUUGAUAAUCAUACUAUUAAUAACAGUAAUGAAUACAUUCAAAGAGCUCGCUCCUAUCCUCAAAUAUCUAUACCAAAAUCUUUGCCACUUUCCAUAAGACUUUCCUCAACUUCUACAUGUUCAUCAUCCUCCACCUCUUCCAUAACAACUCCUACAUCUGUUCCAACAGCGUUUCAAAAUAAUAAGGACGCUUCACGGGAUAUUCAUAUUCAUACACCAAAUAUACUAAAAAAACCAAAGAUUGUAUCAAAAGACCCUGUGAAAUGGUACAGGAACACACGAGAAAUCUUACUUGCUGUUAAAUCCAAUUUUCUUUUAAUAUUCUUACCUCCUGCUAUCAUAAUGAAAAGAUUUGAUGUAAAUGACAAUAUAUUGCUUUUCUUUAAUUUCUUGGCUAUCAUUCCAUUAUCAAAAAUUAUGACAACCGGCAUUGAUGAUCUUUCAGCCAGAUUUCAUCCUUCAUAUGGUGCAAUUCUUCAUGCGUUUGCCGGAAAUUUUGUCGAAUUGGUGAUUUCAUGCUAUGCAUUAUUGGAUAAACAAUAUUCAAUUGUUCGUUCUUCUGUACUUGGUGCAAUUUUAUGUAACAUAUUAUUGGUUCUUGGUGUUGUAUUUUUGGCAGGAUCUUGGCCAAGAAAAAAGUCCAAGAGAGAGUCUAUGAAUGCUCAUUUAAGCACACAACUUUUUGUAUCCACUAGUGCAUCUACCUUGGCUCUUGCUGUUCUUGCACUUGUCACUCCUGCCGCAUUCAAAAUUGCUGCUCCUGUGGGCACGGGCAUUGAAUGUGAUUUACAGAAUAUUAGUCAUGCUAUUGCUAUCAUUUUAUUAUUUGUCUAUGCUGCUCUUUUAAUAUUUCAAUUGAAAACUCAUGUUACGUCUACCAUUUCUAUGGAUGAAGUUCACUACAGAGAAGCAAAAUAUUUCCUUCUCUUUGACGUUUUCUUAAUUGUCAGCUCUAUAACUGGUAUUGUUGUAUGUGCAAGAUACCUAGUGACAAGUAUUGAACACAUGGCUCAUAGUUUUCGACUUGGAAAUGGAUUUAUCGGAAUGGUUCUUUUACCUUUGUGUGAAGCUUCUGAAGAUAAAAUUGAUACUGCCGUCGGUUUAAUUCUUAAUACAUCUCAAAUCGCUCUUUUGGUUGCUCCUGUUCUUGUGCUUUUUGGUUGGAUUACAUCAAGACCUUUGACAUUGGAUUUUAAUACUCUUGAAAUUUGUGUACUUGCGUGCGCUGUUCUAAUUGUCAAUUAUUUAGUAGCUGUUUCUUAUGUUAUCAUUGCUGUUGCUUUCUUUUAUUUCCCAAAUAUACCAGAACUCAAAGAAGCUGAUAUAUUGAAAUGUAAUCCAUUCAGCAGAAAUUUACCUCCAGAUGAUUUUGCUGAUGGAAAUAAAACAAAUAGAUAA